AUGGUGUGGAAGAAAGAGAGUACAUUCCUUACACACCAGUCUCAAAGACAAAAGAAAAAAGGAAAGGCUUGCAAUAUGAAAAUCACAAGCAUCGCAAUCUUGUUUUGGCCACUCUCCAUGCCAUUGUUAUCAGAUGAAAGCCAGACGUCUAAAACCGAAGUCAAAUGUAAUUUCACUGCAAAGAAUUAUGCUUUGAUUCCAGCAAAUAUCAAUAAAAAUGUUACUAUACUUGACCUCAGUUAUAACCAAAUUACUCUGAAUGUUACAGAUACAAGAGUUCUACAGACAUAUUUUUUACUCACCGAGCUCUAUUUGAUUGAGAACAAUGUCAUUAUCCUACGUAAUAAUAGUUUUGGUAACCUCUCCAAUCUAGAAAUUUUAAAUAUCUGUAGAAACUCCAUCCACAUAAUUCAACAGCGUGCCUUUACAGGCUUAGAUAAACUAAAACAGUUAUAUCUCUGCCAAAACAAAAUAGUUCAACUGAAUCAUGAUAUAUUUGUGCCUCUAAAAAGCCUGAUACUAUUGAAUCUGCAAGGCAAUUUGAUAAGCUAUCUUGAUGUAUCACAACUGUUUCAUCUGGAAUUCAUAAUUUUAUACGGAAAUCCGUGGAACUGCUCUUGUAGUCUACUGAAUUUGCAAAACUGGUUGAACACAUCGAAUGUGACACUAGAAAAUGAGAACAUCACCAUGUGCAGCUAUCCGGAUACACUAAAGUGCUACAAUAUCAAAACAGUACCUUACAAGGCUGAAUGCUACUCAAAAUUUCCUUCAUCUAUAAGUGAAGAUCUUUACAUUCAUUUUCAGUCCAUUAGCAAUUCAACAUAUAAUAGUUUUUUGAACAACAUAACAAGAAAUUCAGAACGUGAAUCUCAAGGAAAAAGCUGGACUCUUCUUGUCAGUGUUGUAGUCACUGUACUGAUGACUUCACUCCUCAUUUCAAUUGCUAUCAAAUGUCCAGUAUGGUAUAAUUUUCUGCUUAGUUACAAUCAUCAUCGCCUGGAAGAGCAUGAAGCAGAAACCUAUGAAGAUAGUUUUACCAGAAAUCCAAGUCCUCCUCCACAGAUACCAGACACAAGCUCUGAAGAAACUAUAGUAAUAUUUGAACAACUACAUCAAUUUGUGGUAGAUGAUGAUGGGUUUAUUGAAGACAAAUACAUAGAUACUCAUGAAUUACGUGAAGAAAAUUAA